UCUGUAUAAAACUUUUCAGGACAGUUUGCCGGGUUGCACUUUCUGUCAGUCCAGAGCUCCGAGAGGAGAGCAACAGCCAAGAAAGUCAGCACGGUUGAACGCGGGGGUGGGUCGGCAAGUUUUUAAUCCCAAUCCCACACUUUGAAGAAAGUGCCUCGCCGUUUCAGCGAGGAUGGAGAACGCACACAGUAAGGAGUCGCCCGAGGUCCUGUCCUACUUCGGAGUCACCGAAGAGACCGGCCUGCCACCUGAGCAGGUGAAGAGGAACCUGGACAAGUACGGCUACAAUGAGCUGCCAGCAGAAGAAGGAAAGAGUAUCUGGGAAUUGGUGGUGGAGCAGUUUGAGGAUCUGUUGGUCAGAAUCUUACUGCUGGCUGCCUGCAUCUCCUUUGUGCUGGCCUUGUUCGAGGAAGGUGAAGAAACGGUCACUGCCUUUGUCGAGCCCUUCGUCAUCCUCCUCAUCCUCAUUGCAAAUGCCAUCGUUGGGGUGUGGCAGGAGCGCAAUGCGGAGAGUGCCAUCGAAGCCCUGAAGGAGUAUGAGCCCGAGAUGGGGAAGGUGUACAGGUCGGACAGGAAGAGUGUGCAGAGAAUCAAGGCCAGGGAGAUUGUUCCUGGAGAUGUGGUGGAGGUUUCUGUUGGUGACAAGGUGCCAGCCGACAUCAGGAUCAUCUCCAUCAAAUCCACAACGCUGCGUGUGGACCAGUCCAUUCUUACUGGCGAGUCGGUCAGUGUGAUCAAGCACACCGAUGCCGUCCCCGACCCCCGAGCUGUCAACCAGGACAAGAAGAACAUGCUGUUCUCUGGCACCAACAUCGCCUCUGGUAGAGCCACUGGCAUCGCUGUUGCAACCGGUGUGUCCACUGAGAUUGGAAAGAUUCGUGACCAGAUGGCAGCGACCGAGCAGGAAAAGACCCCUCUACAGCAAAAACUUGAUGAGUUUGGGGAGCAGCUAUCCAAGGUCAUCUCCCUCAUUUGCGUGGCCGUGUGGAUCAUCAACAUUGGCCAUUUCAAUGACCCCGUCCAUGGGGGGUCCUGGAUCCGAGGUGCCAUCUACUAUUUCAAGAUUGCUGUGGCUUUGGCUGUGGCUGCCAUCCCCGAAGGUCUUCCCGCUGUCAUCACCACCUGCCUGGCGCUGGGGACCCGUCGUAUGGCCAAGAAGAACGCCAUCGUCAGAAGUCUGCCGUCCGUGGAAACCUUGGGCUGCACCUCCGUCAUCUGCUCCGACAAGACGGGCACCCUCACCACCAACCAGAUGUGUGUGACCAAGAUGUUCAUCAUUGAUAAAGUUGAUGGCGACAGUGUUUCCCUGGGUCAGUUUGACAUUUCAGGCUCCAAGUACACACCUGAAGGAGAAGUGACUAGGAAUAAUGGGUCUGUGAAGUGCGGACAGUACGAUGGGUUAGUUGAGCUGGCAACCAUCUGCGCCCUCUGCAAUGACUCAUCUUUAGACUACAACGAGGCCAAGGGCAUUUAUGAGAAAGUGGGCGAGGCCACGGAGACAGCCCUGUCCUGUUUGGUGGAGAAGAUGAACGUGUUCAACACUGAAGUGCGUGGUCUGUCCAAGGUGGAGCGGGCCAACGCUUGCUGUUCAGUCAUCAAGCAGCUGAUGAAGAAGGAGUUCACCCUGGAGUUCUCCAGAGACAGGAAGUCCAUGUCAGUUUACUGCGCACCUGCCAAGUCAGCCAAGUCUCCUGUGGGGAAUAAAAUGUUUAUCAAGGGCGCUCCAGAAGGUGUGAUUGACCGCUGCACUUAUGUCCGUGUUGGCACCAACCGCGUACCACUGACUGGUCCAGUCAAAGACCACAUCUUGUCGGUCAUCAAGGAAUGGGGCACCGGACGCGACACCCUCCGCUGCUUGGCCCUCGCCACCCGUGACUCGCCUCUGAGGAAGGAGGAGAUGAACCUGGAGGACUCAAAUAAUUUUGUAGACUAUGAGACUGACUUGACCUUCGUUGGCUGCGUUGGGAUGCUUGACCCUCCUCGCAAGGAGGUCAUGAGCUCCAUCGAGUUGUGCAGAGCUGCCGGCAUCCGUGUCAUCAUGAUUACUGGUGACAACAAGGGCACAGCUGUGGCUAUCUGCCGCCGCAUCGGCAUCUUCUCUGAGGAUGAGGAUGUCAAUGGAAAAGCCUUCACCGGUCGUGAGUUUGAUGACCUUUCGCCGUAUGACCAGAAAAACGCCGUCCGAAAGGGUUGCUGCUUUGCCAGAGUGGAGCCGUCACACAAAUCUAAGAUUGUUGAGUUCCUCCAGGGAAUGGAUGAGAUUACUGCCAUGACCGGUGACGGAGUGAACGAUGCCCCUGCCUUGAAAAAGGCGGAGAUUGGCAUCGCCAUGGGCUCUGGCACUGCCGUUGCCAAGUCUGCCUCUGAGAUGGUCCUGGCUGACGACAACUUCUCCUCCAUUGUGUCUGCCGUUGAGGAGGGCAGAGCCAUCUACAACAACAUGAAGCAGUUCAUCCGCUACCUCAUCUCCUCCAACGUAGGCGAGGUCGUCUGCAUCUUCUUGACCGCUGCCUUGGGUCUACCUGAAGCUCUGAUUCCCGUCCAGCUUCUCUGGGUCAACCUGGUCACUGACGGUCUGCCCGCCACGGCUCUGGGCUUCAACCCCCCCGACCUGGACAUCAUGGGCAGACUCCCCCGCUCCCCCAGAGAGCCCCUCAUCUCCGGUUGGCUCUUCUUCAGAUAUCUGACCAUUGGAGGUUACGUUGGUGCCGCAACAGUGGCAGCAGCAGCUUGGUGGUUCCUGUACUGUGAUGAAGGCCCGAUGGUCAGCUUCUACCAGCUGUCUCAUUUCAUGCAGUGCAGCGAGGACAACGAGGACUUUGCGUCCAUCCGCUGUGAUGUGUUUGAGUCUUCUCCCCCUAUGACCAUGGCUCUGUCCGUGCUGGUCACCAUCGAGAUGUGCAACGCUCUCAACAGCUUGUCUGAGAACCAGUCCCUGGUGCGCAUGCCCCCCUGGAGCAACUGCUGGCUUCUGUCUGCCAUGACCCUCUCCAUGUCCCUUCACUUCAUGAUCAUCUACGUGGACCCCCUCCCCAUGAUCUUCAAGCUUACACAUCUGAAUGUGGAGCAGUGGUUGAUGGUGGCAAAACUGUCCUUCCCCGUCAUUCUUUUUGAUGAGCUUCUUAAGUUUGUGGCUCGCACAUAUCUUGAGGUCUAAACCCGUUUUCCACCCUCCAUAACAAAACAAGGCAAAGUUUAAAUGCUAAAUGCAACAAAGAGUGUCUGAAGAAAAGAGAGCACUAAGAGACAGUGGACGGAGGGAAAGGCAGAGCACUCCCAAUGAACGACGCACCUGAGAAGUCUUGAUCAAAACCUCAAGUGGCACGUACACCAACAGCACUGCAUAAGCCAUCGGAAAAUGCUCCAUAAAGAAAAAAAAAAAAGCUGAAAAAUAAAUUUUUUCUGUGUAUGUACUGAAAAUAAUAUAUAUUGAAGCUGUAUUAAAGCUAUUCCGUUUAUUCUAUUCUUAAAGAAUAAAGAUGUGUAUUAAAGAA